AUGAGUGCUAGUAGUGUUUCAUCAGCAUCAUACAGUUCUGCCAACAAAAAAUUUGUAUUGAAAAAUGCAAACUCAUCCAUCAUUGAAUUAAUAUCAGGUCAACAAGCUAUCGACGAAUUACAAAAAACCGAUGAUUACAUUGCUAAUUUUAGUCAGUUUGAUUUAGAGUCCCGUGUAAAUAUGUCUUCACCAACAAUGCAAGAUUAUUUCAACUUUAUUGCAGAACAAAUCUUAGCUUGGGACGAAGAAUCAAGCCAGGCAAUGGCAUCAUGCAUUGAAUUUAUCAAUACAACUUGCGUAGAACAACUAAAUUUAUUAACCUAUCCACCACAAAUUUAUGUUGUGUUAACAAAUGGAAAAGAUGAAAAUAAUGCCGCAUAUUGUCGUAAUGAAAAUGUUAUUGUAAUGCCACUAAGAAUUGUUCUUGGUAGAGAUAUAUGUAAAAUAUUUGUUCACGAAUUAUUUCAUAUAUGGAGUAAAUGGCAUAUCAAUUUAACGAUACGUGAUGAAUUAUAUGCAAGUAUUGGAUACAAUAAAAUACCGGUCGAGAAGUCAAUCGAAUUUCCAGUCAGUUUACAAAAGAUAAAAAUGACUAAUCCAGAUGCACCUUUUGUUCUGAAAUAUUAUAUUCAACUGGAAAAGGUUGGAGAUCAAAACAGGAAAAUAUACAAAUGUACACCAAUUUUACAUGCGUCUCAAGCUUUUGAUCCCCAAUUUUCCACCAAUUUCUUUGAUUAUCUAGUGGCAACAACUUUAAUCUUAGACGAAAACACAUACGAACCAUUAGAACCAUUACAAUAUCUAUCAUACGCAGAAGCUAGUAAUUUUUUUCAUCAAAUCGGAUACAAUACAACUUAUAUCAUACAUCCUGAAGAGAUUUUAGCUGAUAAUUUCGCAUUAUGGAUGAUGAAAAAAGAUCAGUCGGCAACCUUGGGAUCACCAAUUGUUGUUUUGAGACUGGCUGACAUCAUUUCUGCUGCUGUCAAGAAUAGAAACUAG